AUGAAGCUCGUGAGGCGGGCGAGGAAGAGCAUUCGUGAGCGGCGAAUGAAGGCCUGUCAGAAGGACCUCAGCGCCAACCUGGAGAAGGUGGAGAUGCGUGUCUUCAAGGCGCAGAAGCGGGAGCGGGAACGCCAGCGCCGAUCAGGGGGGAUCCGCUGCGGUAUCCCAAAGGAUGUGCUGCAGGGCAAAAUGAACGCGGAGCUGUACAGCAUCGAGUGUCGGCUUCACCGAGAGGCAGGGCUGCCGCCGCCCGCAUCGUUCGACGGAUUCCAGCAGCACGCGGUGCGGCGGAUCGGGCUGGUAGAGUUCGCCGCCGUUGCGCGGGCGGUGCUGCAGCUCAACAGACAUCUCCGGCGGGGCUCACAGUGA